AUGUCAAAAUUUUCAAGAUUUCAAAAAUUCGCAGCUGUUCUAGGAGUUGGAACUGUAAGUGGAGCUGCUGCUAUUUAUUACAACGGCUACGUGUCUCCUAAAGAACAAUACGAAAGUCCGUACAAUAACACGCCUAAGUUCCCAGGAGUUGGUGAGUUGACACCUUCUAUAAAAUGGGACAGCAAUUGGGACCGCAGAGACCCAAAAAGUUUGAUAAAGCCUAAAAAAUUAGAAGCAAUAACCGACGAGAACAAGUACAACGCCGAAAUCGAGGCUCACAAGCCGCGAGCAGCUAGACACGUUCUCUUAAUUCGCCACGGACAGUAUAACUUAAGUGGAUCAACGGACACCCAGAGAAUUCUAACUGAACUGGGAAGAAAUCAAGCUGAUUGUACUGGCAAGCGCUUGCAGCACCUGGCUCUGCCUUAUUCUCAGCUCGUCAGGUCUACGAUGACCAGAGCCCAAGAGACAGCGAAGAUUAUAGAGACCAGCUUGCCCAACGUACCCGUCGUUGAUGACAGUCUUCUGGUUGAAGGUUGUCCUAUUUUACCCGAGCCGCCGUUCGGCGGCUGGAGACCCGGGAUCCAGUACUUCCAAGACGGACCCAGGAUCGAAGCUGCCUUUAGGAAAUACUUUCAUCGCGCCAGUCCUAAACAGGAGAAGGAUUCUUAUACGAUAAUUGUGUGCCAUGCUAAUGUCAUCAGGUACUUUGUUUGCAGAGCUUUGCAAUUCCCUCCAGAAGCCUGGUCAAGGUUCUCGCUCAAGCAUGCGAGCAUCACCUGGAUUUCUAUUCAACCUAGUGGCAGAGUUGUAUUGCGUGGCUAUGGAGAUGCUGGACACAUGCCUUCGGAGGAGGGGUCUGAGUUUCAGCGUAAAAAAAAACACUUUUUUUGUGAUUUUUUAUCUCAAAUAUCCAGAGAUCCAGAAAAUGAUCCAGAAUUAGGUGAUCAAGGUGUUCAACAAGUCGGUGUUCAAGGUGUUCAACAAGUCGAUGUUCAAGGUGUUCAACAAGUAGGACCAGAUGGUCUUGGCCGCUAUGUAGCUCCAAUUGCAAAUCCACCAAGAAUUGACGAGGUUCAACAAAGAGGAGAAAUUGAAAACCAUCGGACAAAUUGCUUGACGUGUCGUCAACUGAUAUUAAUAUCAGAGACUUAUGACUAA